CUGACACCAUGGGCACCCGAUACUUCCUGGCUCUGUUUCUCAUCUUCCUGGUGUUGGGAUUCGAGGUCCAGGGCGUCCAUGUGCCCCAGGAAGAAGAGACUGCCAGGCCUGCCCUGCUCACCAAGGUGCGGGAAUCACUCUUAGGUUAUUGGGAUAUAGCCAAGGAAGCUGCCCAGAAGCUGUACAAGAAGACAUACUUGCCCGCCGUGGAUGAGAAAAUCAGGGACAUAUACAGCAAAAGCACGGCAGCUAUGACCACCUAUGCAGGGAUUGUUACUGACCAGGUCAUUUCUCUGCUGAAGGGAGACCAUUAACAGCUGGGCCCCCAAUCUCGGGGGGAGUCCAGACCCCAGCAACCCCUUGGGUCCCCUGAUCUAUACCCCACCCCCACUUCCUAGCACCUCUCAGAAUCCUGCUCCCAACUCUAG